UCUUCUGUUGUUUUUCACUUUAAAACCGUUUCUUACAACAUCCUGAACACCGACAUCUAUAAACUCAGCACCAAACUCCAGUCAAAAUGUGUGUGAAAAAACAAACCCAUCAUUUAAGGACCGAACAGUGACGUCAGACCAGCUGUUUCGGUGUUUACCGGGUUGUUCGGAGCCGUUAACGUGUUCGGCACCAACCUCAUGGAAGCAGCAGCACGUAUUCAAAUGGCAUUCUGUGAUUUUUGGAGCUGCCCGUCGUGGUGCUCCUCCCGCCAGAUGGAUCGCUGUCAGGGUCCCUGAGUGAGCAAGUCAACCCAACCUGAAGGUUUUCAUUACGUCAUUCGAAGCCGAAUUCUUCAGAAUAUUUACAUUUCUUGAGAGACUGUGUCAAACAGCUGCGAUAACCAGGCAGUAAUUACAGGUCAUGGCUGUCUCUCAGGUGUCUCCUGGUCUGUACCUCAGCGGUCUGGACCCGGCCCUGAACCUCAGUGUCCUCUCCAGCAGGAACAUCACGCUCAUCAUCAACGCCAGUGGGCUGGAGGACGUGUCCUACCCUCAGCUGGACGGACUGCUUGUCCUCCAUGUCCCCGUCCAGGAUCAACCUCACGCGCCCCUGAGAAGCCACUUUGACCCCGUGGCUGAACGGAUCCACCAGAACCGGUCAGGAGGGACUCUGGUCCACUGCACCGCCGGCAGGAGCCGAUCGCCCGCUCUGAUCAUGGCCUACCUGAUGAGGUUCGAAGGUCUGAGCCUCCGUCAGGCUCAUGAAGUCCUUCUGGCUCGGCGUCCAUUCGUCCGACCCAACGCUGGUUUCUGGAGGCAGCUGAUGGACUAUGAGAGGACACUAUUCGGCAGGAACACCGUCAGGAUGGCGAAGACGACCGUCGGCGUCCUGCCUGAAGCUCUGGAGGACUCUGAGGAUGCAGCGUACUGUGUCAACGUCUGACGGCUCCUCAGAGUUCAGGAAGGAGCUGUCAGAGAAUCAGACCUUAAACAAAGUCGAUCUUCAUCUUCAUCUUCAUCAUCGUGAUCAAACCUACAGAUAAGUGCGUCUCUAAUUUCUGUACCUGUCCCACUUCCUGUGUGGCUCUCAGCUGUUUCCUGCUGAAGAUGCUUCAAAACA